GCUCGUCACUGCACACCGAGCCGCUGAGAGAGAAACACGGGAACACAACACUCCACACUCACCACACCAUAACUUAAAACACGUGACAGAAACACCUUUAAACCUGGAAAAAUGUAAAACCACACACCAGUGGGAGAGGAAAUGGCGUGCGAUCAGUAUAAAGACAACUAACUUCUAAAUGAGCAAGUGUCUAUUAACUCUAGCGAUUAAAAGGAUAAGUAACACUCACUGGCGAUCUGGAGUACCGUACCGAGCCAGGCCCUUAAACAAUAACAAUUCCUGGCGAUCUGAAGUACCGUACGCAGCGAUGUCCAGCAAGGUCCAGCCCAGGGAACACACGCAGCCCCCGAUGACCAAGAUUGAGAGCAGAGUGGGCCCAGAGACCAAGUUUUUUGUGAAUGCUAAGGGGAAACAGAUUCAUUGUUCCUACUGGCGGCCCAACGACUGCGCUAAGAUCAGGGGGUUGGUGUUCCUGUGUCACGGGUUCGCGGAGCACCUGCAGUGGUAUGAAGACUUGGCGCUCAGACUCACGGCGGGCAACCUGCUGGCGUUUGGACAUGACCACGUGGGCCACGGGAGGUCAGAGGGCGUGAGGGGCUACGUGGAGAAUGUGGACGACUAUGUGGAGGACGUGUUGAGGCACUGUGAUGACGUACGUGCUGGUCAUCCUGGUCUGCCUUGUUUCCUCGUGGGGCACUCUAUGGGCGGCAUGAUCGCUAUCCGGACAGCCAUGGCGCGGCCUGAGCUGUUCAGGGGCGUGGUGCUCAUGGGGCCACUGAUAAGAGCCAACGAAUCAGAAGCUACGCCUCUUAAAAUCUUUCUGGCUCGUCUCGUGGCUCGCCUGCUGCCCUACAUCACGGUAGCCACGCUUAAGCUGGACCAGGUGACGAGAGACCAGGAUAUGAAGAGCAGAUUGAAGACCGAUCCGCUCAGGUACCACGGGGGCAUCAGGGCACGGUGGGCGGCGGCGGUGGUGGAGUCGCUGCUGAGGAUAGAGGAGCAGAUGGACAGCGUGGCGUGGCCCUUCCUGGUGCUGCACGGGGAGGCGGACCAGCUGUGUUCACCAGAGGGCUCCAAGGACCUCCUCCAGCGUUCCGCCAGCACUGAUAAGGAGCUCAAGGUGUUCCCCGCCGCUUCCCACAACCUGUACUUGGAGGUGCCAGAUGUGAGACUCCAGGCACUGCAAGACACCGUGGAGUGGAUCACAGCACGCCUCCCUGACUCCACAAAGUAACUCUCCACUCCACUCCACUCCACUCCACUCCACCUGUGUAAACCUUAAUUAACUCCAUCUUUCUUCCACUCUCAGUUAAAAGUGAUACGUAAUUCCACCUCUCUUCCACUCCACUCCACCUCUCCACUCCAUCUCUUCCACCUUUCCACUCCACAUGUGUAAAUAUUAUAUUAACUCCACCUUUCUUCCACUCUCAGUUAAAAGUGAUACCGAACUGUACCUCUCUUCCACUCCACUCCACCUCUUCCACCUCUCACACAAAUUUACUCCACUUUCUUCCACCUUCCACUCAAAA